AUGGCACCACACGCAACUGGCUCGCCUGUGUACACAUCGUCUAACACCGGCACCAGCGCAAAUGCCGCACUGGACCCGUCUGUUUCUCGCAUCACGGUCUUGGCCUCAUCCCGCGCCGUCAUCUCAGGUCGCAUCACCGAGGCCACCAUUGUCAUCUCCACGCUGACAGGCAAGAUCACAUCGAUAUUCCACUCCGUGCUGCCCGCGUCGGAUUUUCCACCCGGAACGCCCUACACGGACUACUCGCCACACAUCUUGAUCCCAGGCCUUGUGGACGCCCAUGUGCAUCUCAACGAACCCGGCCGCACGGAGUGGGAAGGCUUCGAGACGGGCACGCGAGCCGCGGCGUUCGGAGGCGUCACGACGGUGGUGGACAUGCCGCUGAACGCGAUCCCGCCCACAACCACCGUCGCAAACCUCAACGAGAAAGUUGAGGCGGCCCAGGGCAAGUGCUGGGUCGACGUGGGCUUUUACGGAGGAAUCAUCCCCGGAAACGACAAGGAGCUGAAAGAUCUCGUGAGAGCUGGCGUGCGAGGAUUCAAGGGCUUUUUGAUAGACAGCGGCGUGCCCGAAUUCCCAGCCGUGAGCUCGGUAGACAUCCAGAAGGUGUUCAAAGAGCUGGCCGAUGAACCGACGACGGUCAUGUUCCACGCGGAGAUGGUGCCGCCCAUCACAGCAUCCGUAGGUGACGAGGUGCAGUCGUCGGCCGAACCGCCCUUCGUCCCGUCCGGGCCUCUGAACCACUACAAGACCUUCCUGGACUCGCGGCCGCCUUCGUUCGAGACGUACGCGAUCGACGAGAUCAUCGCCCUGUCCACGGAGGCGCCCAACCUGCCGCUGCACAUUGUGCACCUGUCCGCCGUGGAGGCCAUCCCGCUCCUCAGACAGGCGCGUGCCAGAGGCGUCAAGAUCACCGCGGAGACGUGCUUCCACUACCUGUCGCUCGCGGCCGAGAACGUCGCCCACGGAGACACCCGCCACAAGUGCUGCCCGCCCAUCCGGUCGCAGAGCAACCAGGACGGGUUAUGGGCCGAGCUGCAGCGAGAGGACGACUCCGUCAUCAAGACCGUCGUCAGCGACCACUCGCCGUGCACGCCGGACCUGAAGCUGCUGCCUUCCUGCCACGGUGGUCAGCACGGCGGCCACGCUGACGAAGGCAACUUCUUCUCCGCGUGGGGAGGCAUCGGCAGCGUGGGUCUGGGUCUGAGCAUCCUCUGGACGGAGGGUCAGGCGCGGGGGAUCACCAUCGAAGACGUGGUCCGAUGGUGCUGCAAGAACACGGCCAAGCAGGUUGGUCUCGAGCACAGAAAGGGCGACAUCGGUGUUGGAUACGACGGCGACAUCGCCGUGUUCGACGAAGACGCAGAGUUCUUGGUCGAACCCAGCACGAUGCUUUUCCGCAACAAGUGCAGCCCGUACGAGGGCAAGACUUUGCGAGGUGUCGUUCGCGAGACGUGGGUUCGCGGAAAGAUGGUCUACUCCAAGGCGUCAGGCUUCAAUGAGAAGGUUGGGCCGAUCGGCACAUGCUUACUGGAACCGAGAAAGUCCAUUAAAUAUCCACCGUCGAAGAAGACCGCGUAAAUUUAAUGUGUUCAUGGGGUUUCUUUUAGGGAUUGAUAACAACGUAUGAGGCCAAAAUGGAAUGGCUAGACUGACGAUCUGCAUGGGAAAUGGGAUAUUUUAGAUAGUAUGCAUUUUUUUCUUUUUUGAAGGGCAUGUGGGAAAACGUCGGAAACAGCGGAUAGGUUGUGAUAAAUUCGGAGUUGAAUUCGAAUUCGAGAGACG